UGUUUUCUUACCCAAAUUUUUGUAUAUGUUUUCAUUUAUCUUAAAUGUUUUAGACUCGUUGCCACCUAUUUGCGGUAUGUAAUUGAUAUGCUAGAAUAAACUUAGGCUUUCAUACAUUUUUGUUGAUAAUUGAUCAUUAUGACGCGCAAAGUUAGGAGCGCUGUUACUUAAUCAGUCGUUCUUAUUUUGUAUUUUCUAACAUUAAUGCAUUUCAAACCGUCAUCUUAUGCUGUUUGGAAAUAUCCGAACAUAUGCAGCAACUACAGGCUAAAUGAAAUGUUUAAUUGAAGUUAAAAUGAAUUCCAUGAAUAUCACUAAACGCCUGUGAUUGAAAUUCUUCAUAAGCGCACCUACUUUAAUUACGACUUUUAAAACAUCGUAAGUUUCAAAAAGUCCUGACACAUCACUUCCUUCCAAUGAGUACGAACCUGUUGUUGUGGUGUUCUGUGUUCUUCGUUUUAUCUAGUUUUUGUAGAUACCGUUUAUAAUUAAAAAGUUACCCAGUCGUUGGUGGCUAAGAUUUAUUGUAGCCAAUGGACAACUAAGCAUAGUAUUAACCUAAAUUUGUCAAAUAAAUCAUUACAUAUACAGUUUUACACUUUGUAAAACUAAAGACUUCUACGUAAUAAGUUCCAGGUAAUAGACAUUUUAAAAAUCACUCAUUCAAUAUACACAUUAUAUAAGGUGAAAUAUCUUAUUUCGAAAUUUUAUUCUGCUAAAAUUUCGGCUCUACGAUUUUUGCAAUAUUGAAUUAUUUAUUUCAAAGUGCUUAUAGAACGUUUUUAUUCCUUUUGUCUCUUUUCAUUGUAUGUCAUUAAUUUUAAAAUGAAUGGGUUAUACUAUUUACAGUAGGCUGAUACUCACACGUAAAUUUAUUCCCCUAAAUGUAGGCUUAAUAUAAAGCUGUUCAUUUGUGUUUUGGUCUUCAAAAAGUGUAUGGUAGUCAUCAUGUUCAAGCAUUUUUCUAUUCGUUUAGUUUGCCUGUGAAUAUUAUGAAUGCCGUUGUUGCUAGAGAAUCGGGUAUUGAUGAACUCCAGAAACAAAAGAUGCAUUUUCGCGUCACAAGUUUUUUUAAUUCAAUGGAUUUGUGUACUAAUUUGACGACAGAGAGUAAACACAAUAGCGAAGCAUUUGAAAUAUCUAAGAAAAAGAGUACAUUUUGGAAAUCUUGUAAGUUUUUGACGAACACUUAUCCAAUAGCUUUUGUGAAUCUUUCAACGACAUUAAGAGUGAGAUCUUUUUUCUUCCACAAAUUAUUGUUCGGUAUUUUAUUGUCCAUAAAGGUGAAUGAUAACAUUAUGAAU